AUGAGUACACAAACCAAACACACCAAGCGCGCAAAUCAUGAUAAACACCCUCCCUUGGUGUACUGGGCCAACGCAGGCAGAUUCAACUUGACAGCCUUACUGCAAACAGGACGAUUCUACUUGGAUGAAUCGGGUCUGUUAGUAGCUCCAAACGGUACCCGAUAUAGGAUUCCAUCUGGUCCUCCAGAGGGUCGAAAACCGCUCCGACCUGACCGACCGAUUGAUGGAAGAUCAGAAAUUGCCUCUAGACAAGGUGAUCUGUUUUCCAGCGAACAGCAAGAUUCAAGCAAAUUGGGUCAAUGGAGUUUGACAAAAACACCGCACUUUUCGAACGAUCUAUUGUCUUCAUCCACUCAUAAACGAAUCCAAAAUGUGUGGAAUCGCACAGACGUGCAGAUGGGUAAAACGACUUUGCUUGGACCUGAAGGUAUCAGUCAAACAUCUAGUUCAGCGCUCACAACACAGCUUAACUGGAAUGUUAUUUUGCUGACGGUGAUCCUCAGCUCAAUUGCCUUAGUUUGUAACUUGGCUCUCGUCGUUUUUCUGUCUUGGAAGCUCAAUCGUUUUCGAAAAAGUCCCAUGCAUUCAACACAAACAACAUCGUCUCAAAGGGGUCAUUCAAAUCCCCUGGUUCAUUUUCCAUCAAUUUCCAACGAAGUAGAAAAUCUGGACCGCUGUCAUUGUCUUCAUAGUCGUUUUUCCUCUGCUGCAGAUCCAACACGGGUAGUUGUGCCUGGAUUUAAUGCAAAAUCAGGCACAUGUCCUGCACACAUGUUUGUUCAAGAUCCACGAACCUUUCAUUCUCGAUUGUCCCGUCGAUAUCGGUCUCGUCGGGGUAGACGACGACGACGUCCGGCAGCAGCUCACAGAUUCGGUCGCGGACAUCAAGAACGCGAUCCUUUAGUGGAUCAGAAAAAUGCACUGUAUACUGAUCCAAAAACACACAUACUUCGUACAGAGAUGUCACUUCUAGGUGAUCUCGGUCCAGCCGCACCAUUUCUUAACCCAAUGGAUCGUGUGGAAAUCGGAUCUAGUUCUGGAGGUAGUUGGCAUGUCGUAGUCAGCGAUGGAAUGAUCAGCGAAACUACAGCAGACGAAGAAGACAAUAACGAGGAAAAUACUACCACAGGUGGUGAUUCCGCAACGAAUUCAGAUAUUCUUUAUCGGGGCAGUAGGCACCGAAUUCCGAGUGCACGUUGGGGAUUCAGCAGAAGUGAUUCUACUCCGGAAGAUAUCGGCCGACUUACGGAACUGGGCGCCAUUAUGAACUCGAACACUCGACGCGUCAUUAGCAUGAAUGCUAAACGUAAUCAUUUGGACACCAUUCGAUCCGAUCGUCUCCCAAACUCGGGAGAUGCAAGUAGUGCAUCCCAUUCGGAAUUCUCGUAUUCCGUCGCACAAUGCCCGUCGCAAUCUGGAUUCUUAAAAGAUAUCAGCACCAUCGGGACCGUUCAAGUGAGCCAUUCCCUGGGAAUUCACUUUGGACUGCUGGGAAUUAUUUUGUCUCUUAUACAGUUGAUUGUAGUCUGUAGUGCACUAAGCCGGCGAAUGGUGGAUUCCGAUAUCCCUGGGAGUUCGAAUACAUUCAAAACGGAGUCUUACCUAUCCGAAUUGGUUUGUGUUAUGGCAACAUCGUUGGCUGCUGAUACAUUACUUUGUGCUCGUCAGUAUGUCUUGGCCGCCAUAAUUCUAGUAUUCUGGACCACAUGUUAUAUGGCCCUAAUUGGCCCAAUGGUUCGAGACAGCCCUCAAACAGCAUUGAGUUCGUUCUGCUUAUUGAAAUCAGGUGGAUCAAGCGAACUUGACCAAGGCACCAACGUUCCGGAUGAUGGGCGACGCCAACAACGCUACGCUUACUUGGCUUUAACACACUCCCUACCUUGGGCGGUGGCAGCUGGGACUGCAUUGCUGAUCACUUUUGCCCUGCCGAGCAGUGUAGCUGACAUUCCUUCACCAGGAACGCAAAUGAAACUGAACUUGUUCUUUCAUGGUCUACAUUCACUGCUGGUCUGCCAGGUGGAUUUGAAACACGCUUCCCGAAUAAAAACCGAAAGCCCUAGUCUUGUAUUGGGCACCGAUUCGGUGGAAAUCACAUUGCACAACAUAAGUAACAGGGUUAUAGCUGUGACUCAUUCAGCACAACACUCGCUUGCUUGGUCCCUUCUCAUUCUCAUUCCGUUAUGCAUUCACGUAUUACUCUGUACAAUCUAUGCCGUAAUAAUUCGAUUAGGGAUGCAGCGUUGUCGAGGCAUGAAACGCCUAGGUCAGAAACAUCAGGAUACUGGUCGAAUAAUCUGUUGCAUUACUGGAGUGCUUCUAGCAUUAAUUUUGUUGGAAUAUUUCAGCUGUGCCGUUCCAGUUGUCUGGUUUAUGUUCGCAGCUCCCUGGUCGCCAUCAUACGAUGCGGAAACAACACAAACAUCUUCAUACAUACACCGAUUGAUUCUUAUACAUCUGCUCAUCGAUCCCUGGUUGAUCUGUGGCUUAAUUCGAGUAAUAAUGGCAAGAAUGAUAACACAAUUGAAUCAAUCAGUAAGUAUCGACAGGCCUCUACAUUCCGAGAGGGUAUUGCGCUCUUGGUCACACGAAUCUCCGAUCGGGACUGCUGGCAGAAAUAGUGCAUAUCAUUCGCAAAGUAUGGAUGUACCCGGGAGACCAAGUGCUCCAUCAAAUGGUUUGAUGAGUUGUUUGCCUGUAACCAACAGACUGUCUACAACAACAACAGCAACCGAUUCACGAGGAUUGGCAGUUCAACCAAACGGACAGGCCAUGCUGAUGCCCUGUGUGCCCAGCACAAAUUUUUACGUAUCCCCAAUCCAAACUUUGCAGCACUCCACCGGAAUGGACACGGGUUUGUUUGUUCCAUUGGAAGAUCACGCAGUUCGAUUGUCUCCUUCUCAGUCGGAUACUCUCACAAUGGGUCAUUUUCACCCUAAUCCAGCCUCGCUCUCAAUGUCUAUGACUUUUGCCAAUCCCACACGCUCUUCAACCCUCGGUCCCUUAUCGAUUGUGCAACAAACUUCGCCUCCAGCCGUAAAUGCAGACGUCUUCCCUCAAUUAUGUGAGCAUCAUCAGAAGUUAUUGGAACAACAUUAUGCAGUUCGCCUACCUGAACAAGAUCACUGUUCCGGAAUGAUCAGUUCUAUUGGGCUGACGACAACCGCACAAACCCUUGUUACCUGUGUCUCCUCAGCGUCCACAUCCACCACAACAACAUCACAAUCGGGUCAGCUUCGAGCGUUCGGUCAAGUUCCCCGUAUAAAUUCAUCUAGUCUGAAAUUUGCGGAUUCUUUGUUAAUGAAGCCGAUCAUUCGACUGACUUCGGACGAGUCCUGUGCAACCAUUGCAUCCGUAUCAGAACGCACUGUUUCCGGGGCACAUCUCGUUCAGUCAAAUUACCCCUUGAUGGAACAUUCACCAGGCUCAGAAGACACAGGUAAACUUUUAUCGGGCAGGCCACCUGGUGGAAAGAGUCAAGCCACUGCCGCGGUGAUGGCAGCUGCCGCAGCGGCUGUGGCAGCUCAGGCGGGUACCAUGUCACGCGCAUCAACGGAACAGCACACGCCCGCUGGGGUAGAUCCCACACAAUCCUCACCAACAUCACAACAACAUUACCAGCAGCAAUCGAACAAUGACUUAAAGAAACCGCUGCAUCAUUCCAAUCUCUCUACCACUACGAACGAGAGUUUACAGCGUCUCCCGAAGAAUGAUCUCGUACAACGUGACUAG